AUGCCAGCAUCUUAUCGAGUGCGGUUCGCUCCUUCCACCGGCCUCUACAUCCUACCCGCCAGCCCAGCGCACCCGCAGACGCGGGCCCGCGGCAGCGGCCGGUCGAACAGCCGGACCGGCUGCCGCGAAUGCAAGCUGCGCCGCGUCAAGUGCGACGAGCGGUACCCGGUGUGCCUGCGGUGCGAGAGGCGCGGUUCCGUUUGCUUGCCUUCCUGCCGCCCGGCCACAUGGCUGACUGAGACGCCGUGGCUGGACGUGUUCAACAGGGGGGUGGUGCACGCGCCGCCAAAUAUGCUGCUGCCGCCGGACGCGAACAAGCGGCUCCUGCAGCACUGGCUGGAGAAGUCGAGCCACAUGAUGGUGCUCGAUCCGAAUCGCAACCCGUUCUCCUAUCCCAUCCUGCAGCAUCUGGCUGGCGCGCCGUCGCUGCUGCACGCCCUGCAGAGCAUCAGUGCUGGCUAUGACGAGUUCUACAACCCGGAAAGUCUGCAGACUUGCCUCGAGGAACGGGGACGUGCUCUGGGGCUCGUGCAUGACGAGAUUCGGAGUCAGAGCAGUCCGCUGACGGUUUUGUUCCUCACGGUUUUCCUGCUCGGCUUGUCGUCGUCCUGGAUUGAGGAGUACCCCUUCAAAUUCGGCAAGGAGCAUUUUCUCGGCGCUCGGACGGUGAUUGAUCUCAUCAUCGCCGAUGAAAAUCGGAAAGAGGACCCGCUGUAUGGACUCGCCAUUGGGAGCUACAUGUACUGGGACAUGGCCUGUUCCUACUUCUUUUCUAGCGCCGAGGUCCAGCCUCUGAACACUCCAUCUGUGUUUGCCAGCAUCCAAGAGACGAGCGACACCUUCCAUCCCAUUGCUGGCUUUUCCGUCGAGCUUUUCUAUCUUUUAGGCUCCCUGGGGAGAUACUGUCGGAGCGUCCAUGAUACAAGCGAGCGCGAUGUGAUUCUUGAACAGACUUUUGAGGAGCAGCUGCAGUCUUGGGACCCUGCAAAGGACGAUGAGCACUUGGCUCUUUUGAGCGACUCUUACAGAUGCCAUGGUCUCAUCAUGCUCUAUCGGGUGUGCGGCCGGCCGGAGAGCCGGUCAUUUGGUGGGCAUGGAGACCUCGAGGACGAGGUUCUGUUUCAUUUGGAGACCGAUAGCAUGAUUGGGGAGCUCGCCAGACAUAUCAUCGAUAAUCUAUCACAAACCCCAAUUAGCUCGUCAUACUUCAACCUUCACUCUAUCCCUCUUUUCACUGCGGGGUCAGAGCUCCCUUAUGAGCACGCUGAACUUCGACAAGAAGUAAGAAACCGUUUCAAGGCUCUGUAUUCGACCAAUCGCUGCCCCGUCAACCUGUUGGCAGUAGAGUUGCUCACAGAACUAUGGGAAAUGAGGGAUAGCGGGAUAGUUGUGUCUUUUCUCGAGUUCCUGUUGCAGAAAAACGUUUGCCUGAGUUUUGCAUGA